ACAAACCUUUUAAGUCCUUUGUGUUAACCAGGACCAGUUGGCUUCGGUUGUGUGAGGGCAGUACAGCAAGACGAAACAGCGUAGGGCGUGGGUGUUUUUUUUUUUUAAAAAGACAAAUCAUUUCUUCAACAGUUAGACCCUUUUGAAAGAGCAUUAUGACCGACAAAAUGGAUAUGUCUUUAGACGACAUUAUCAAGCAGAACAGGCAGCAGAGAGGUGGCGGCAGGGGCGGAAGAGGCCGAGGCCGCGGAGGCUCUGGCGGCGGCCGAGGAGGAGGAGGUGGCCCUGGGCGCCUUGGAGGAGUAGGCGGCGGCGGAUAUGGAGGCCGAGGCGGAGGAUCUGGCCCCAUGAGGAGCCGUCAAAACCUGAACCGCGCAAGAGGCAGACCGACGCCGUACAGCAGGCCCAAACAGCUCCCAGAUAAGUGGCAACACGACAUGUUCGACAACGGCUACAGCGGCUUCAACGGCACAGCGGGUGGCGGCGGAGCCGGCGUGGAAACCGGCGGGAAGCUCCUCGUCUCCAACCUUGACUUUGGCGUUUCAGACGCGGACAUUCAGGAACUCUUUGCCGAGUUUGGGACGUUGAAAAAGGCAGCGGUCCAUUAUGAUCGCUCGGGAAGAAGUCUUGGGACGGCCGAUGUCCACUUUGAAAGAAGGGCAGAUGCGCUCAAAGCCAUGAAACAGUACAAUGGCAUCCCGCUGGAUGGGAGGCCCAUGAACAUACAGCUCGUCACAUCACAGAUCGACACACAGAGGCGGCCGAUGCAGGGCAUGAACAGAGGCGGCGGAAUGAACAGAACCCGCGGGGGCAACUAUGGCGGCAUGCAGAGGGGUCGUGGUGGACGCGGGGCUGGCGGUGGCUUCAGAGGACGGGGGCGAGGCGGCCGAGGGGCCGGUAACAAGCAGUCGCUCUCGGCAGAAGAACUUGACGCCCAGUUAGACGCCUACAAUGCUAGAAUGGACACCAGCUAAGACGUCUUGCUGCUGUCCCGUGGUCAUCCUAUCCUGGCUGCACAGAAGGAUGUCUGUUACAAUAGUGCAGAUUGUUUUACACAUGGUUGUCCUGAUGUGAUUUUGGUCAUUGAUUGCUCCAGCCUCUUUUAACUGCUCUGAAGUGUUUUAUACUUUUUUUUCUCCUUUUCUGAUGAAAAUGGUUUUGUCUGUAGGUUGAAAGUUGACAUUUCCAAGUCCAUUCCUCCAAACUUGUAGUAAAUGAAACUUGUAAUAAAACCUGCAGUGUAUAUUAACCAGA